AAGCACACACACACACACACACACACACACUUCUGGGCCUGUCACGAUAACAAAUUUUGUUGGACGAUAUAUUGUCUCAGAAAUUAUUGUGAUAAACGAUAUUAUUGUUGACGUCUUUUCAAGACAAUUUUAUGCCACUAGUAAAAUAAUAAUGAUCAUGCAAAUACACCCUUUCAUAGAACAGUCAACUUUUUAAUUAAGUCAACUUAUUCAGUUCCAUGAGGCUGGCAGGGGGAGUCGCUCUCUUCUGUGGGAUCUUUAACUAGGUUUAGAACGCUAGUUUAAGCUGAUAAGUGAUUGAUCUAACGGUAAAACAGCACGAGGGCUCGAGAACUUUGACAGGUUACAAUUUUACUUGGCAAGUGAAUGUAUCUGAAUUCUGAUUGGUUGUCGUAUCUGGAUUCUGAUUGGCUGUUGUGAUAUUAUUGCCCUUUUGUUGUGUUCUUGAGCCCAGAGUGGGGGGAGGGGGGAGUGACAGGGUUCUACAGAGAAAAGUUUUCACUGCAACCGAACUGCUGUUUUCGUGACCACGCCCCCAGCGCGGAUAUUCAUGUUCACAUUGUUCAGUUUGUUUUUCUCUUUUAUUUUAGAUUUCUGUUAUCUGACUCUGGAUCCCAACACGGCGCAUCGUCGCCUCAUUCUGUCUGAGAAGAACAGAGCGGUGAGAGUCAGUGAGAGAGAGCAGCGUUACUCUGAUCAUCCAGAGAGAUUUGAUUACUGGUGUCAGGUGUUGUGUAAGGAGAGUGUGUGUGGACGCUGUUACUGGGAGGUGGAGUGGAGCGGUGCUGGUGGUGUUGUGGACAUAUCAGUCUCAUAUAAAGACAUCAGCAGGAAAGGACCGGGUAAUGAGUGUGGGUUUGGGUUCAACAAUCAGUCCUGGAGUCUGUGGUGUUCUUCUUCUUCUUCUCUCUCUUUCUGGCACAACAGCAUUGAGACUGAUCUCAGAGUUCCAUCCCCCUCCAGAAUAGGAGUGUAUGUGGAUCACAGUGCAGGAACUCUGUCCUUCUACAGCGUCUCUGACACGAUGAAGCUCCUCCACAGAGUCCACACCACAUUCACUCAGACUCUAUACGCUGGGUUUGGGUUCGGGCUCUUCUGGGUUUCUGGUUCUACAGUGAGAUUGUGUGAUCCAGAAUAAAAGUGUGUCGUGUUUUCUGUAAAAUUCCUGCACGUUGCCACGUUGUUGCUCAGUCGUCUGUUUCACUAGAACACAAUCCAGCUGCACAAAAACACUCAUUUUAAUAUUUAGAUUAUAAAAUAUGCCGAUGUCGUGUUCAUCCCAUAUUCAGCCUGGAUGAUGAUUGGCCCGCAGAUAGAACCUUAUAAAUCCAGGUUUAUCUGUGAGUUUGGGAUUUUUAUUCAAAUAUUACAGUCAAAGCUUUGCAGAAUAAAAGAUAAGAGCACAGGAGAAUAAAGUUUCCCCCAGUGAUGGAGUUUCUGUGCUGAACUCAUUUUCAGACAGAAGCUUUUAAUACUGAGGUCAGGAUGUCAGCAAGCCGCUGGAUUGAUACGCAACGGGGUUUUUCUCCACUUUGGAUGGAUAUUUUUAGAUGAUUUAAUCUGUGGGAAAUAACUACAGUGUCUUAAAUAUGUGUUUGUGAAAAUCACUGUAAACCUACAACUGACUUUCCUCCAAAAAUCAUCUCUUUUAAUGUUGUCAUAUAUUGUGUGUGUGAAUAAUGAUGAUAAAUCUGUCUCUGUGAACUGGAUCUGUCUGUGCUCUGACUCCUGAUUUAGAUUCUCAACAUGAUUGUUGGAAAAACUUUUUUUUUAAAUCCUUUUAAUUUUCAAUCAAAUAAAGCAAAAAACAAAACAA